AUGCAACAAACAACCAGCGCUAAUAGCCAAACUACUAUCAACAACAACAACAACAACACCAGCACCAUUAACAAUAACACCAACACAAACACCACCCAUACAUCGGGCAGCACAACUGCAGCUGCAUCAACAAAACCAAAUAAUAAUAAUCUUAAUAGACGAAGAAAGCCACAAGAAAAAAUGGCACAACAACAACAGCAUGCUGAGCAAAGCGAUACGUCGCCGCCUGAUGACAACAAAAACAAAGAUUCCAAUCUGAUAGAAACGGGUUGUGCGCGUUUUGGCAAGUGCAAGUGGUUUAAUGUGGCCAAGGGUUGGGGCUUCAUAACACCACACGAUGGCGGACAGGAAGUGUUUGUGCAUCAGAGUGUCAUACAAAUGUCCGGCUUUCGUUCGCUGGGCGAGCAAGAGGAAGUGGAAUUCGAGUGUCAACUAACCGAGCGCGGCCUGGAGGCGACACGUGUGAGCGGCAGCAAAGGACUCGACUGCACGGGCAGCACCUUCCGACCGCGCACGAAAAAGCGACGACGCGUACGCUGCUAUAAUUGCGGUAAAUUUGCUAAUCACAUUGCCUCGAUGUGCCCGCAGGAACCGCAACCCAAGCGCUGUCAUAUAUGCAAAUCCGAAGCGCAUUUCUUUGCCGAUUGUCCGAUGCGGCAGGAAUCAACUGCGCACGUUGAGUCAGCGCCAAUAUCUAAUGACGAUAAGAGCCAGUGCGAGGAUGCAGCCACGUGAGAGUGACAGAUGGGCAGUGGCCGUGGAAAUGCAAUAGAAGGACAAAGAAUUACCUCAACAUUUCUCCGUUUAAGUUGCUCGCCAUUGCAGUGCGCUUUAAUUUACCACCAUUCGCCGCCAUUUUGAAGUAUUUGCUUGGACCAAUUGAACGGCUCCUUGGCUGAAGAAUGCUUAGUACAAACUUGAAGAACUACUACA